CAUACAAUGAGUUUGUUAUGAUUUGCUUCUAAAUUGCUCUACGUCAUACACAAACAUAUUUAUCCAGCCUCACUUUCAAUGCAGACUUAUUCCCGCCAUGAUGGUGAGUGAAGGUCAUGCUUCACGAAGAAAGUCAAUAAAGAAAAAAGGUUAGACUUCUAUAAUAAUAAAAUACGAAGUGAAUGAAGGGGAUUUUCUUUAAUAACAAGUGGAGGAGAAUUGAUAUAAGAUUAUAAAUAAACAUGAAAAACCUAGUAUUGCUAGAAAAUCUUAUUGCAGAUACUGCUAUUAAGGAUGCAAAUAUGUUAGCAUGUGACAAUAUGAAUGAUGUCAUAUAUAUUGCUACAAGCACAACAGUUACUGGCUACCAUACCGUUGAUAAACAAGUAGAAAACUUCAUAUCCUUGGUAGAGCAUGAUUAUUUAGAAGCAAAUGGGAAAGAAAAAAUCAAAAGUUUGCAUUAUCUUUUUGACCAAGAAAGUGUUUGUAUUUCGACAACUAAAGGUGACUUACUGCUAUGGCAACCAGAAAUGAACAAUAUUGAAUGUGUUGGAAGUGUUGAUGCAGGUUUCACAUGCGCACAAUGGAGUCCAGAUCACGAAUUACUUGUACUCACAACAGGAAAUGACACGUUUGUUUUGAUGACAAAAGAUUUUGAUGCAAUAUGUGAGCAUAACCAACACUCUCAAGAGUUUGGGGAAGCAAUGCCUGUUAAUGUUGGUUGGGGUAAAAAGGAAACUCAAUUCCAUGGAUCAGAAGGAAAAGAGGCAGCUCAACAAAAAGAAAACAAGGUAUCUCAAAUAUUGUCUUUAGACGACAAAAGAACAGAAGUAUCUUGGCGUGGGGAUGGGCAGUAUUUCUGUAUAUCAUCUGUCAAUAGAAAUGAAGACCGAAGGUAUGUUAGGAUAUAUGAUCGUGAUGGUACCCUCCAAGCUACAAAUGAAGUUUUGGAAGGACUGGAAAAUUUUAUUUCUUGGAGACCUUCUGGUAACUUAAUUGCAACGUCUCAACAGAAGCCGAAUAAACACGAUAUUAUUUUCUUAGAAAAGAACGGAUUACAACAUGGUGAAUUUACAUUACCGUAUAACAAAGACCAAAAAGUUAUUGUUGAAAUGAGUUGGAAUAUGGAUUCUGAUGUAUUUACAUUGAUAUUGAGAGACACAGUGUCUGGAAUGUUCUCUGUUCAACUUUGGACAGUUAAUAAUUAUCAUUGGUAUUUAAAACAAGAAAUAAAUACAGGUGACUCAAAACCUUGUGUCACUUGGGACCCAGAAGAUAGCUACAAACUUCAUAUAUUAAAAUCAGAUGGUAUUUACAUGCAACAUAUUUAUAAAUAUGACAUCAUUCAAAGCAUGGGAGAAGACCACUUGUCCAUGGUGGCUGUUAUUGAUGGAAUGAAAUUAUUGCUUACACCGUUUAAGAAAAUGAUCCUUCCACCACCCAUGGCUGCACAUACUAUCAAUCUAGACUGUUCAAUAAACCUUGUUGCAUUUGGUGUUGACACAACCAGACACGACAUUAUCACACAAGUCUCUGAUAGCAGCUUUUAUCUUAUGAAAUACACCGAAGAGAAUGCUUACGACAAGCCGAUCAAACUGCAAUCUCGUGACGAGUUAAUGUCAUGCUGUUUAAGGUGUAUAGUCUGGCUAAAAGAAAAUCUUAUCGCCGCACUUGUGGAUGACACAGAGGGGAAUUAUGUUCUCUUUUUGAGUCUUUCUGAGGAAAACAGCAAAGUUUGUUUAAAUAUUAGUUCUAAACUGCGAGUGACUGAAAACCUCAUUAUGUUGUUUCGAAGUGAAGAUUCUCAACAAUGCCUUUUAGCACAAGAUUGGCGAGGGCACAUCUUAAGAAUAAAUCAAGAGUCAUACACUGUCACCGAUUGCUCGCUUCCACAAGGUUGCUCUCGUGUAGCGUGCACAAAAUUUAAUGGCGAAGAUAUAGCUUUUGGUUUGACAAAGCAUCAUCGUUUGUUCAUGAAUAAAAAAGAGAUAGCUAGCAAUUGUACAUCGUUUUUAUUGCACGAGGAGUUUCUUUUGCUAACAACACAUAGUCACACAUUGAGGAGUGUUUACCUUAAUUCACUUGCGAAAGUCACAAAGCUGGAUGAUGAAUGCACGUAUUGUGUUGAUGAAGCUGUUCGACGUGUUGAGAGAGGUUCAAAACUUGUCACUGCCGUACAUCAAGGAACAGCAGUCGUGUUGCAGAUGCCACGUGGUAAUUUGGAAUGUAUUCAUCCACGUGCAUUAGUUGUUAGUUGCCUGCAGAAGUUAUUAAACAAUUUGAAUUAUGAGAAAGCGUUUGAAGUGAUGAGACGGAAUCGAAUUAAUUUGAAUCUAAUCUAUGAUCACAACCCCAAGCUUUUUCUGGAAAACGUGAAUAAGUUUAUCAAAGACAUUCCUACCAUAAAUUACUUGAAUUUGUUUUUAGCUGACUUAACGCCCGAAGAUGUGUGCUCCACGUUAUAUUUUCCUUUCUAUCAACAUGGAGAAGUUGCAACUGAUGCUAAUCGAAAAAAGACUUCUUCCACCAAAGUAGACAUAGUUUGUCAGGCUGUAAGAGAUGCUAUUGAGCGGUCUGGUAAUGAGAAAUAUUUUCUCGCAUUAUUAACAACCUAUGCAAAACAGUCAUCACCCGAUCUAGAGACAGUAUUAGUGAAAAUAAAACACUUAAAAGAUCAUCCAUCAAACGAAAACAACAGUGUCUCUUAUGAUAAGGCGUUAAAUUACAUUUUAUAUCUCAUCGAUGUAAAUCAACUGUUUGAUAUAGCCCUUGGUCUGUAUGAUUUCAAGAUUGUUUUGAUGGUGGCAGAGAGAUCCCAAAAGGAUCCAAAAGAAUACCUUCCUUUUUUAAAUAACUUUCGCAACAUGGAAACAAAUUAUCAGCACUACUCAAUCGAUAAAUAUUUGAAGAAGUAUCAGAAAGCAUUAGUUUCACUUGUUAAAUGUGAAGACUGUUUUAACGAGUGCUUGGAGUUCGUUAAAGAGCAAAAAUUGCAUCGUCAGGCUUUAAAGUUGUUUCCAGUCACGUCUGAACAAUACAGGAAACUAAGUCUUCAAUAUGGUGAAUAUUUGCGACAGCAAAAACUACACGAAGAUGCAGGCAUAGUUCUCAGUCGGAGUGGACACCAUCGAGAAGCACUAGAAGCAUUCUUACAAACGAAUAACUGGAGUAUGGUGUUAACUGAAGCGAAAGAACUCGCUUACCCGAACGAUCAAAUCAUUAAAUUGUGCAGAGAGUUAAGCGAAAAAUUGAAAUCAAACCGUCUGUACGACGAAGCAGCAUUUCUACUUGAAGUUUACGUACAGGAUGUGGAAGAAUGUGUAGUAUGUUUCCUGGAUGGUGGACUGUGGUUUAAGGCGUUGCAACUGAUUAAAAAACAUGAGCGCGAUGACUUGAUUGAAACGAAUUUGAAGCCCUCGAUUCACAACCAUUACGAGCAGACAGUUGAAAAGCUUGAAGAUUUACAGGCUAAAUUUAAAACUUACGAAAGUCGAUUAAAAGUUGUGGUUGAAAAGAAAGCACGUGAAAACAUGGAGAUUCUUGAAGGCGUUCGCGAUGACCCUGAUAAUGAUUUAUAUUCAGACAUUAGCAGUAUCACUGGUCAAUCCGUAACCACUGCAAGUUCAAAAGGAUCUCGAAGUUCAGGACAUUCGAGGAAGAGUCGUAGCAAAGUAGCACGCAAAAAGUAUAGCCUGCGAGAGGGGAGUAAACACGAAGACUUCGCACUGCGUGAAGCAUUGGCUGAAAUUGUGAGAACGUCUGAUCAAAUGAAAGAAGAAGUUUCAGCGCUAUUGAAAGCUCUGGUAUUAUACCACUUCGAAGAGAAAGCUUCCAAUUUGCAAAAUUUAUUAAACGAACUACUUCAACUUAUCGAGACUAAAAUUAAAGAGAUCUGGAACAACGAGUCGACUUCAAAUGAUGCUGUGUCUACGUAUGGUCCGGAAGCGACGGUGCAGUCGAUCCUAGCGCAAAGACAUAAUGUGCCCGCCAUAGAAAAAGACCAACUUCCUCCAGCUACACGUCCUGUUGUGAGAGAUAUAAAUUGGAAACUACAUCUUCUACGUAUCUAAUAAAAUUGUAUUUUAUAUUUUGUAAAAUAUAUUUCUUUUUUUUGUAAGAAUGGCUAUGUUUCUUUUGAUAAGUACACAGAAUAUAUUUACAGAUAAAUUAAUGUCAUUCGAAGAGAACGGCAAGAAUUGUUAAUGCCAUUCGAAGAGAACGACAGGAAUUGUUCGAA